AACAAAAAAUCACUCUCAGCUUUGCGAACACUUAAUGAGCGGCUACUCACGUCAUUUUUUUGUGGACUCUCCCAAGUUCAGAGCAUUCUUAGUCAUUGUGGCCGGUCAAGUUAAAUACUCCGUGUAGGAACCCAGUAGAGCGAGAGGGAAAAAAAAAGGCCAUCAUUGGCUCUCUAUAAAUGAUAGAGCCGUUGUGGUAUACAGUCAACACAUGGUGCAAUCAAUCUAGUUUCUAGCCCCAACUUGUGAAGCUAACAAUCACCACUCGUGAACAGCUAUGAAGGCAGGGAGCGGCGUUCGCAUGGCUAACGGCAACGGGGAGAACAGCUACGCCGCAAACUCCAGGCUCCAAGAGAAGGCCAUUUUGGAGACAAGGCCGGUGCUUCGCAAGGCCAUAGAAAAGGUGUACACGUCGCUCUCCGCCCGACGGAGCACCAUGGUCGUCGCCGACCUCGGCUGCUCGUCGGGCCCGAACACUCUGCGUGUCGUCUCCGAGGUGAUCGGAGCGAUCCAGGCCGGCACUCGGAAGUCGGAAGAACGGCGCGCCAUGGAGGUGCAGUUCUUCCUGAACGACCUGCCGGGGAACGAUUUCAACCUCGUCUUCCGGUCAUUGGAGCAACUUGAAGAUCUCGGCGGGAAAGAGACGCCGCUCUACUAUGUGGCCGGCCUGCCGGGAUCCUACUACAGGAAGCUUUUCCCUUCUCGAAGCGUCCAUUUCUUCCACUCGUCUUACUCCCUCAUGUGGCGUUCUAAGGUCCCGGGGGAACUCUCAAGCUGCACUCACGUGAACGAAGGCAACAUCUACAUUGGAAAGACUACCCCACCGACUGUGAUAAAGCUGUUCCAAGAACAAUUCAAGAAGGACUUUGAGUUGUUCCUUACACUGCGUUCUAGAGAGCUUGUCAAUGGAGGCCGAAUGUUGCUAACAUUUCUUGGACGAAAAAGUGAAGAAAUGCUUAUGCAUGGGGACGUUACCACCUUAUUCGAACUGGUUGCCAAAUCUCUCCGGUCUCUGGUACUAAAGGGCCGUGUGGAGAAGGAGAAAUUGGACUCAUUCAACCUACCAUACUAUGCCCCAUCGGUGAAAGAGGUGAAGGAGCUGAUCAAUGAGAGUAAGCUCUUCGACAUUGAGCAUAUCAGGCUCUUUGAAUCCAACUGGGAUCCUCAGGAUGACUCAGACAGUGAUGUGGUAAUAGAUUGUGCUAGCAGCGGGGCAAAUGUGGCCAAAUGCAUAAGGGCGGUUUUGGAACCGCUGAUUGUAGACCACUUUGGAGAGGCCAUUAUUGAAGAAUUAUUCGUGGUGUAUGCCUCCGUCGUUGAAAAGCAUCUGGAGAAAGCAAAGGCAAAGUACCCCAUCAUCGUGGCAUCCUUGGAGAAGUCCAUGCACUGAAGUGGACACAUAUUUCAUGACAAAUGGAAAAUAUCACAUAGUAUAAUUGGGGAUAUAUGUUGAACAUUAUAUAUUUGACGCCUACUAUGGCUAAUUAUUAUAUAUGUGGUACCCUGUU